ACGACUUCGCACUUUUGCCCCUUUUCUCUUCUGGAGUCUAUGAUUUCAGAGAAAUCCAUGAAUUAAGCCUUACCCCUUCUUCAUCUUUCUCUUUCCUCCCGAUUCCGUUAUUGCGCUAUUGAUUCUCCUCUUUCAUCGUUGUUCUUACUCCGUUGAUGUUCUUCCCCUCUCUCUCUUUGUUUUUCAACGAUUCAUAUCCUUCUGCCGUUGUAUCCAUCAAUUUCCGUCUGAAGUUCGAGCUUAAUUGGAUCGGAUUUGAAUUCCUGAUGAAGAGAGGAAGGGAUGAUGAGAAGAGAAUGGAACCUAUGUUCCCUAGGCUCCAUAUUAAUGAUACCGAUAAAGGAUGUCCAAGAGCGCCUCCAAGGAAUAAGAUGGCCCUGUAUGAACAGUUCACUGUACCAUUAAAACGUUCCAGUCCCGGGGUUUUGCCUCUCCCCACAAACAUCUCCAGAAAGCCACUCAUCGCACCAUCCUCAAGCCAGGGUAGAGGCACUGAUGGAAAUCUGCGCCUGCCAUUAAACUCGUCUUCCCCGACUCCUCCUAAUCAGGUUGGAAAUUCACAUGCUCACCCAUCUAGUGAAGUAAAUGUGAAUCCUCCAUCGGUACAGCUUGAGCGGAGGCAGCAGACAGCAGAAGUAGAAGAUGAAGACGAUUUUACGGUUCCAGUAUACAACCAAUCAGAGAUGGGUAAAAAUAGAGUUCAAAAUAGUGACCAUAAGGAACAAUUGUCUUUUCCUGGAUCAAAACAUUCUGAUUGUUCUACAGUUUUGCAAUCAUCCUCUGUUGCCCAAUCAAGUCGAGAAGUAACAACUAGGAAGACAGUGAAUGACAAACGUAGGGACCGUUCUGCGAAGUCCACGACAAAUUUAUUGGAUAGAGAGGGUACUGAUGGACUUCAGAAGGAAACUAAUGUAUCUGAAGAUCAAGAAUUUCAAGAUAAAUCGAACAUUAGUGUUGACAAAUUGCAAGAUAGUGAUGUUCAAUUACAGAGACAUUCUAGUUCCAGCAUUCAAUUGGAUGAGAGCGGACUUGUUGAGGACGUUAUUGAGCCUACAAGAUUUCGAGUGGUAGACAGUGUUCCCUGCACAAGAGUGGACUCCCAUUCCUUGGAAAAGAAUGAGAACUUGAACAUGCCUGUUGACAACGUCAAGAAUCGUGUAGAUAGGACUAAUAGUUCCGUGCACGUGGGGAAUGCAGACAAAAGUGACAUUGUCUCUGAGAAUUCAAUGGUCGACUCAAUUUCUGGCUCGGAUAUCUGUCCAGAUGAUGUUGUAGGGCUAAUAGGUCAAAAACGCUUCUGGAAAGCCAGAAGAGCAAUUAUUAAUCAACAAAGAGUGUUUGAUGUUCAAGUGUUCGAAUUGCAUAGACUUAUCAAGGUCCAACGCUUAAUUGCUGGAUCACCUCAUCUUUUAUUUGAAGAUGGGAUUUUUCUGGACAAUUCUCCUCCAAGUCGUCUUCCUACGAAGAAACUUAGCUCAGAUUACGCCAUCAAAUCACACGUCGAGCUUAAGCACAACGAUGACCCGAAGAAGCCAAAACACAAUGUGGAAUGUUCAGCAGAGAACGCUGUUGGGAAGACUUCUCUUUCUCCUGCACCGGUUGCACCGGUCGGUUGUCAGCCUUCAACGAACGGGCCUUACAAAGUAAAUCGACAGCCAACGUCUGUUUCCUCUGAUAAUAAAUUAAGCAGUUGGUACCAGCCAUCUGCAGCACAUCAGUGGCUGGUCCCGGUAUUGUCUCCUUCUGAAGGACUCGUAUAUAAGCCUUACCCUGCGCCCGGAUUCAUGUAUGGAGGAUGUGCACCUUAUGGUCCAAUGACGCCAAUCAUGAAUCCGUCCUACGGAUUUCCAGCUUCUGCUCAUCAUGGAAUCGGGGUGCUUCCUAGUACUCCCAUGGUUGGUGGUACUUACUUCCACCCUUAUGGCAUGCCGGUGAUGAAUCCUGGUAUGUCGGGUUUGCCCCUCGAUCAAGUUAACUGGUACACGGGAGAUCAGAAUCAGUUAUCGGGAGGUGUGGCUGCUUACUAUAUGCAGCAUCAAACAUCAUAUGAUGUUUCAACACAGAGAGACAGAGAUGAAAAUCAAGAAACUGUUUCACUAACUGCAAAGUCUCAAGCACCAAAAAGCAAUGAGCUACAAGCAAGUACUGCAAGUAGUCCUGCUGGAAAACUGCAAGGAAACAAAGCGAAUCGAACCGCUGAAAGCCACGACGUGCUUCCACUUUUCCCUAUAGCUCAGCCACUUACAGAGGAAGGUCCUCAACCUUCAGACUCCGACCAAAUGAAACGGGUGAUUCGAGUCGUGCCACACAAUCGGAGAUCGGCGAACGAAUCAGCUGCUCGUAUUUUCCAAUCGAUUCAAAAUGAGAGAAAACAGUAUGACUCAAUUUAGCCAGUUCUUGUCCCCUCCUUUUUGCUCUCUGUUACCUUAAUUUUCUUUGAAUUGUCUCACUAUGUUGCUUUUUUUGUUCAUUUUACAAAACCUCAGCACAGUUUAGUUUAUUCAUAUGUGUAUAUAUAUAUAUAUCUGGAGAUUUACAUGUCAAUGCACUGGGAAACAUGAGUGAGGUAUCUAUGAAUGUUGAUUUCAAA